AUGUGUCACUCGGUCUGCACAGCUAACGCCUACACUCAGUAUUAGAAACCCGUAAGAAACGUGGAGCUGUUCGCCAAAACAGCGACACAAGAUGUUAAGGACACCUCGGAGAACAAAGUAGCUUCACCAGGGAAAGCUGACAGUUUAAAUACCCUGCGAAGCAACUGAGGAGGAGGAUGGGAGUAAUCGAUGGACUCUACAGCCUGAGGUUCAACAUUUCGUCCUUGAGGUAGUAAAGGAAAAUAACAGCACCUGGCUAAAUCUGCAUCAACAAGGCUUAUUGACCCAUCACUGGCCUCAUAUCAGUCUAUUCAGUGCGACCACUUUGCCUUAGGAUACAAUUAAACCUCACGUGCCUGCCUGUCUGAGCCUCAUGUGAAGGAUUACAUUCCGGCAUUGCUACCAGAAUCUAACUGUGUCCUGGUGGAAGUUUUGCACUGCCGUCACUGCAUCUCUGGUGGCAGUUAUGAGUGCUGUUGGUCUGGAUUCACCAAGAACUUGUAGUCCAUCUACAGUGGCCAGCAGAAAAUGUGCAACUCCAUUUAGCUGGAGCUGACAUUUUGACAAUAUUCUCCUCCUAAAGAGCUUCUCACUGACUGUUAAUUCCUAAAAUCUCCAAUUGAGACCCUCACCUAGAAACAGCCCCACACAUAUAGCCACAUCUUUAUUGUGGUGGUGCUAUGCCCACCAACCAGUCCUCCCCCUGGGGUGGGGGUAAGUCACAGGCCUGCUCUAAUGCACAGAGUUCCACCACUACAGCUUCUGUUAAUACACAUGCCAAGGCACUUGUGGCCACUAAGAUGCCUUUUGGUCAGACUUCUCUACAGCUUUCCAAGGACCAAGCCAAACCUCCUCUUUCAAAUUUUGCCUCUUCCACCUUGAGGCAGACAACAGUUGCCCCCUCCGAGGCCUCUGUUAGGGAGGACGGGGGCAAAUAUAAAAGCAACACCCAGAGCCAAGUCACCGCUGUGCCAGAUGGGUCUCCAACCCUGCCACAACUUACAAAUGGUAUUCAGAUCCUAAACCAGGCACUGCCAACAGGACUGAAGCAGGCCGGCUAUAGCUUCAUGGAGACCAAUGCCUCUUCCUCCAUCACCAAGAGAGAAUGCCAUGUUGGGUUAAAUGGUCCGCCAACAAGUGCCAUGCAAGUUGAUACAUCACAGCAAACAGAAAAGGUUUUACCAAUGAGCAGGCGCCCGGCUGCUCCAAAUGAUGUACCACUUGGAUUGGAUCCACUUUUGUCAGUUUGCAAUCAAGACCUGUUCAUCAAAGGACAAUCUACUCUGCAGCAAACUGACAAGUCGAUGUUUGAGGCUACAGACUGUUCCUCUUUGCCAUCAGUGCCUCCUCCAUGCCUUACUCUCGGUGAACACCGCGGGGCAACAUUGAGAAGAGAUGCCCCCAGCCCUGUUAGCACGAAAUUACAAAAAAGAAGCACCACAAGAGAAACGACUACUUCAAGGAGGUGCCAUUCAGCGAAACUAGCAAAAAAAUGCAGUCGGUUUCAAAACGGCCGCACAAUACUAACAGACUCACGCAGUCACCUGCAAGUAAGAGGUCGUCCUCCAGCAGUUUUGGCAGCAACUGUAAACAGCAAACCCCAGACACUCGCAUCCUUAGACACAAGUAAGCAAAGUCAAGAUGAGCCAGAAAGCACCUCGUCCAUACGUAGAGUCGCCGCUCUUCCUCCUCCUCCUCCAGAGGUCAAACCUUUUCCAAACAGCCCCAUGCCAAUUGUGCUCAGUGCCAGGAUCAAUGCCUCUCAGGAGCAGCAAGCAGUUGUCAUCCCAGGAACCUUGGUGGGUUCUGUGACCACCCAGAUCUCCGCUAUCCAACUCACCAAACAGGGGCAGCCAGCAUCCAUGUCGCCUUCCUCUUCGUCCUUGUCUUCCUCCUCCCCCUCGCCAACAGAGGGGGGUCAAGGGACGUCGGGACAGGAGUCUGUUAUGCAGGUGGAUGGAGUUGAGGAGGAGCUUCCCGAUGAGUGUAGUGAGGAAGAUUCAGACACGUCUUCCAUCAAUGACACUUCAUCUACAGCCUCCAUUGGCCUCCUCUCUGGUAUCGAGGAGCCGAUGUCAUUGGGGGCAGAAGAUGCUCGAGAGGAGCUACCGGCGCUGGUUCCCAGUUUGUUCCCCCACGUCUCUCCAACACUGUACUUCUGCACAGCAAAUGAAAAAGUUGAAAUGCUGCCCGUGGAGCAAAGACGACUGUUAAAAUGGAAGAUGAGCACAGUUACUCCGAAUGUGGUCAAGCACACCAUCGCCAGGUCGCACUUCAGAAUCACCAAGAAAAGUAAUGACUGGCUGGGUUGCUGGGGACACCACAUGAGGUCUGCGGGCUUCAGGACACUUGCAAAGCACCAGAAGUUGAACCACUUCCCAGGGACGUUUCAGAUUGGCAGGAAGGACCGUCUGUGGAGAAAUCUGUCCAAGAUGCAGGGGCGCUUUGGGAAACCGGAGUUCAGCUUCUUCCCCCGCACCUUCAUCCUUCCUCAGGACAUCAAGCAGCUCCGCAAAGCCUGGGAGAACGGCAGCUCCCGGCAGAAGUGGAUCAUCAAACCCCCUGCUUCAGCCAGAGGAACGGGGAUCCAGGUCAUCCAUAAAUGGAGCCAGAUGCCCCGCAAAAGACCUUUACUGGUCCAGAGGUACCUCCACAAGCCCUACCUCAUCGGUGGCAACAAGUUUGACCUGAGGAUCUACGUCUAUGUGACGUGCUACGACCCGCUGAGGAUUUACAUCUUCACUGACGGGCUGGUUCGAUUCGCCAGCUGCAAGUAUUCGUCUUCCAUGAAGACUCUGAGCAACAAGUUCAUCCACCUGACCAACUACAGCGUCAACAAGCAGAACUCUGAAUACCAGAGUAACAGUGAUGACAAGGCCUGCCAGGGACACAAAUGGGCUUUGAAGGCCUUGUGGCAGUAUCUUGGUUCCCAAGGAAUCGACACCACUCCGAUAUGGGAGAAGAUUAAGGACAUUGUCAUCAAAACUGUCAUUGCGUCUGAACCGUACGUUACCAGCUCGCUGAAGACAAACGUCCGGUCGCCGUACAGCUGCCACGAGCUGCUCGGUUUCGACAUCAUGCUGGACAAGGACCUCAAACCCUGGAUCCUGGAAGUGAACAUAUCACCAAGCCUCCAUUCCAACUCAGAGCUGGACAUUUCCAUCAAAGGUCAGAUGAUCAAAGAUCUCCUGAACCUGGCUGGUUUUCGUAUUCCACAACGAGAAGACGUGGUUGCUACCUGCAGCAGCAGCGCCUCUAGCUCCACCAGCAGUCUGUGUGGAGGGAGCAAGGAGAGAACCAGCAAACCAGAACUGUCCCCCGACGAGAAGGUUAAACGGGCUUUUUACGUCACGCAGCGCUGCGCUGACCAGGGCUUCCUCUCCACAGUGAUGGACAUUCUGACUCCAGAGGAUGUCCGUAUACUCGCAGAAAGCGAAGAUGAGAUGAACCGCCUGGGAGACUUUGAGCGAGUUUUCCCAUCGCCAACGUCGUCCCGCUACCUCCGCUUCUUCGAGUGUCCGAGAUACCUCAACAUCCUGAUGGAUCAGUGGGAACAGAAACACUGGAGCAACAGAACAAAAGGUGUGAGUCAGCUGCAGGCUCUCUGUGAGAAAGGCGUCCAUUUGGGAACCAGCGAUCCUGCUCAUAUCUGGUCCAAGUGUAGCUACAUUUCCAAGUUUGAACCCCAGAAGCAAAACCCUGAUAGUCAGUCCAGCGUGGUGGUGGUGAGUCAAAGUCAGUGCUCCCUUGACGACACCGAUGGGGAAGUUGCUUCCGUCUCCAGCCUGCCUGUCUCGCCAAGUCCUGGGUCCAGUGUUGCCAGCAGUGCCUGCACAAGUCCUCAGCCCAGCUGCAGCCACAGUGUGCCGCCCUAACACUUUGGUCCGCUCUGACGAUCCCGGGUUUGCCAUCGUGAUGCUCAGGGUCUUCUUUAGCUCUAUCCCGUGUGUUCUUAUAAGUCACGUCUUAUAGUCCACGAGACUCGCUUCUGGAUGAGAACUUUAAUGAGAGCAAACAGUGAGUUUGAAGUUCAAAUUUAACUUUGGUCUUAACAGAAUUAAAGUGAAGCGCUGCAGCAAAGACCUUGUGAUUUUUGUGCAGUGUGGAGGAACUUUUUCAUGAUGGAACCUUUUUUUUAGUGCUCAAAUCAAAUCGGUGUGUUGUGGCUUUUCCUCUUUAAGUCCCAGUGGUGCGUUCUCACCCAACCAGGAUGUGAACAGACGCCACGACUCGAGUUAACACAGCUGAUCCUGCUGCCAAACUUGUUGUGAGUAAGACGGUGUUUGGUUUAAAUGCACCACAAGACUAGAGCGGUCAUUAAAACAGUGAUACAUUUUUUUUUUUUAACCCAUUUAAGGGAAACUCUAUACAUGCCAAUUAGAAGUGAGUACUGAGCUCUGUCAGGCCGCAACCAACAUCGAGUUUAUUAUCUUAUUAUUUCCUUAGUUAAUGAAUGAAUUGUUUGGUCCAGAAAAUGUAACAAAAUAGCCUCAAAUGUCAAAUUUUUAUCCACAAACCAGAAAAUAUUCACAUUUAAGAAGUUUAAAGUCACAGCAAUUUGUCAUGUUUGUCCUAUGUACUGUAGAAUCAUACGCACAAAUGUCCUUUGCGACCUGAGCUGGAGAAAUUUAGUGUUCUGCUUGGCGGGUGUUGUGAGAGAGGACGAGUUCUUUGCAGUGGCUUCAGAUAAGUCUUAAAACUCAUAAGACUUAUUGCUGAAAUUACAAGGUACUGCUUUUUAAAGUGCCAUUUUUAAUUUAGCUGUGAGGUAUUUCCUCUGUCAUAUCUGCACAUGUUAAUCCUCACUGUGAAGAAGAUAUGCAGGGCUUUGUCACAAGUUUAACAAAGCAGUGUUGGCAGGUUGUAGAAUUGUCUGUGUAUAUAUAUACACAUACACACACAGCCACUUUUACCUUGUAGUGGAAUACAGUGGUCCAGAGUUAAGGUGACAACUUAAAAUGUUUACUUUAAGAAGCCGUUAAAAGCAACUGACCACACAAGUUUCACAUUCUUGUCUUUAUAGACUUGAGUGUCGGUGUUUUUGUUUGAAAGUGGAGUCCAGGACGGAAAAAAAGAGGGCGCUCUAGAGACGCGUGAAGAGAGGGAUGCGCUGAGCUCGCCAGUUGCUCUAUGGUGAGUCAAAAUGUCUGCAGCAUCUUCACUCAACACUUUCACUGAGUGUCACAAAAACAGGGAUUUUCUUUUCUGGCGAUAACUUGUACACAAUAGUUUGCUUAAAGUUGCCAAAAUGUGACUCCAGCAGCAGAAGUUAAUCUGCCAGACCCCAAAUGUGUAUUUUCAGUAUGAAAAUAUCCUGACCCAAUUUCCAGACAUUUUGCUCUUUCGUACGUGUUAAAAAACGUAAACAACUUCCAGAACAUUCAGAUGAGGAGUGACAGGAGAGAACACUUCUAGUCUACUUCUUGAAGCCAAAGUAUUACUUCUGUCAUUAGAGCUCUGGACAUCAUGUCACUGUUCUGUUUGCACCGACAUGUUGGCAGGAAAAGCUUCUGCAAAAAUGAGCAACACCAAUGCUUGUUUAAAGUCGUCAAAGAUCACUGCAAACUUUUAAAUCUAAAGCUGACUUUCUAGACCUUCAGUAACUGGACAUCUUCACCUUUUUGCUUCAUUCUCUCUCGUCUCAUCUACAUCACAAUAUAAGUGUGUAAAAUAAGCUAAGUUGAUUAACGUUGGAUCCUGUACCUGAUAUGAAAUACUUACUACUUAAGUGGAAUCUGUUGCCUGUGCGUUUAAUGUAGCGACUAAUUUACUGCCAUAUCUGUUACACCUAAUGUCAUUUGAAUUGGUAAACCAAUCAUUUCGAUGUCAUUAAUUAAAACAGAUACACAUGAAUCUUAACUGGAAGGUUUUGGGUGACCUGAAAGAAAAUCUAUGGGACCUGACCCAGUCUUUGGGGAACCACUCUCACACGUUUCCUUAUCCUUAACUGCUUUAGUGUCCCCGAAGCACAAUGUCCAUCCACCACCUUCACUUUGUUCAUAAACGGUGUGGUGUGGUGUAAAAGCUGCCCUGGUUUAUACAUCUUUAGAUUUGAACAGUGAGUGCGACUUCCUGCCAAAAUGGUGCUGUUUUGGUUUGCGCUGCGUCAGCUAAUGUAGCUCUGUACUUAGAGUUUGGUGUCUGUGCUUGUUACCAAGCAAACAAUGUAA